ACCAGAGAAAUAGAAAGAAAGGAAUAUACGAAAACAUGCUUCCUUCCUCGAACUCACCUUUUUAACUUGGUAUACUGUAAUUUGUAUUAUAAAUUCAGAGAUUUCUCCUAUGACUUUCUUGCAUCUCAAGUCUGCUACUAUAAGAACCUGAAUUUUGUCCUCGCUUAGUGUCUUUGUUCAUUGGUUUUUCACAUUCAUUACUUUUGUCUCAAAAAAAAAAAAAAAGAAAGAAAAGAAAAGCGGAUCCAGAAAUCUUGGAGACAGUUUCCUCUCCCUAUUCAAGAUCGAAUCCACCAACGAAAAAAGCGGUUCAAAAGGCUGCGCCUUCUGAUUAUACUUUGAAUUGAGUGUUUAAAGUGUAUCUGGUAUUGUGGCCAGAACUGGUGCUCUCAGCAUGGCAUUUUCAAGGAUUGCUAGGAAUGGCUUGAGAAGAGCAGGAGGCACCUUUGGUAGUUACGCAGAGAAAGGUACAGCAUGUGAGGGAGUAUCCAAUCAUAAAUGGUCUUCACCUUUCCUUAAAAAUGUUGCAGCAGGCAACAACCUAUCGUACAUUUCCAGCAUCAGGAAGGCAAAUCAUGCCAGUUUUUGGAGCAGGGGAAUCAGGGGAACCGCACAUUAUCAAUUUCCUAAUGCAGAGAGGAUUCUAGAUGAGUCUGAAAAUGAGAAUGACGAACCAAGUUAUCCGGGUCUAGGAGCAACUAAGCCUGGUGAAAUGCCAAGGGUGGUCGUCCUUGGCACUGGAUGGGCAGCAUGUCGGUUCAUGAAAGGACUUGACACCAAAAGCUAUGAUGUUGUUUGCAUAUCACCAAGGAAUCAUAUGGUCUUCACUCCUUUGCUUGCUUCAACUUGUGUUGGAACCCUUGAGUUUCGCUCCGUAGCUGAGCCUGUUAGUCGGAUCCAAUCUGCAUUGGCAACAAGUCCAAACUCAUAUUUUUAUUUGGCUUCCUGCUUUGGCAUUGACACAGACAAACAUGAAGUUUACUGUGAGACAGUCAGCAAUGGUGGAUUACCUCAGGAGCCUCACCAGUUUAAAGUUGCAUAUGACAAACUUGUUAUCGCUGCUGGAUCUGAGCCUCUGACUUUUGGUAUCAAGGGAGUGAAGGAGCAUGCUUAUUUUCUUAGAGAAGUGAAUCAUGCUCAAGGGAUAAGAAAGAAGCUCCUUUUAAACCUCAUGCUCUCUGAAAAUCCAGGCAUAUCUGAAGAAGAGAAGAACCGUCUCUUACACUGUGUCGUUAUUGGAGGUGGUCCAACAGGGGUAGAGUUUAGCGGUGAAUUGAGUGAUUUUAUCAUGAGAGAUGUGCAAGAGCAGUAUUCUCAUGUUAAGGAUCGCAUUAGGGUUACCCUCAUAGAGGCCAAUGAAAUUCUAUCAUCCUUUGAUGUUGGACUAAGGCAAUAUGCAACAAAUCAUUUGACCAAGUGUGGUGUCCGGCUCACACGAGGCGUAGUGAAAGAGGUGCAUCCCACAAAAUUAGUUCUCAGUGAUGGUACUGAAGUUCCAUAUGGCCUCUUGGUAUGGUCUACUGGUGUUGGUCCAUCUCAGUUUGUAAAGUCACUAAAUGUUCCCAAGUCCCAUGGUGGAAGGAUUGGUAUUGAUCAAUGGUUGCGGGUACCUUCUGUGGAAGAUGUAUUUGCACUUGGAGACUGUGCUGGUUUUCUUGAGCAGACAGGGAGGCCAGUGCUUCCGGCUCUAGCUCAGGUUGCAGAAAGGCAAGGGAAAUAUCUAGUGGAGUUGUUUAACAAGAUUGGAAAGCAAAACGGAGGCAAAGCUUUCAGUGCAAAAGAUGUCCAUCUAGGUGACCCUUUUGUAUACAGGCAUAUGGGUAGCAUGGCAUCUGUAGGGCGUUACAAGGCACUGGUUGAUUUGCGUCAGUCCAAGGAUGCAAAAGGUUUAUCACUUGCUGGAUUCAUCAGCUGGCUAAUCUGGCGCUCUGCUUAUCUUACUCGAGUGGUCAGUUGGAGGAACAGAUUUUACGUGGCAGUGAACUGGGCAACCACCCUGGUUUUUGGCAGAGACAAUUCCAGAAUUGGAUAGAUGGGAGAUGGAUACAUGAUUAGAAAGCUAGAAGACUAAAGAAAAAUAAAGGACGCUCCUUGGAAAGCUAGAAGACUAAAGAAAAAUAAAGGACACUCCUUUCUCAAGCCAUUUAGUGCACCAACACCUGUUUUCUAUGUCAACAAUAUCUGUGGUAUUACAAGUUCUGAAUCUCUGAUCAUUGUUGUAAACUGAGUGAUAUUACAACCCAGUUCAAAAGAAAGGGUGUUCUUGUAGUUAUAAUGAAUCUCGAUCCAAUUUCAAUUCUCCAACUCUAAUGGACCAAUUCAAGCAAAACAAGGUUUACCAGCUCCAAA